AUGGCCAAAAGAUUGAGCUCGCAGCUCUUCGUCAACAGAUUAUCAUCGUUCACUAAUAAUGAACAGCUCAAGAGACUGUUUUCCCCCUUUGGAGAUGUUACAGAAGCUAGAAUGGUUGUGGACCGUAUAACUCAAAGACCCAAAGGAUUCGGUUUUGUCACUUACAAGUCAGAUGUUGAGGCACAAAAAGCUUUGAAGGCCAUGAAUGGCAGGAUGGUUGAUGGGAGGCUGAUUUUUGUUGAAGUUGCCCAGAAUCAAAAACAGGAAGAUUAUACCAAAUCUUGA